UUAAAUCCAGCAACAAGAUUCACAGCGGUCCUUCUUCCCCUUUCCUAUCGUUCGUAGUCAUAUCCCUUUAUCCACUCUUCUUAUCGGGAAUUCAAUUCCCGUUUCCCCUGUUGAACCCGAACCCAUCCAUUAAGCAAGCCACUUCCUUCCACCAUUGCCGUUAUCUUCGUGUUCUUCCUCUCCAGUAUAUAUAAUCACCAGCUCUAACAAGACUUUCUGUCUUUGGCUUCCUCUAAGGGGAUUCCAGCCGGGUUAUGAACUCGCGCGCCCAAGGUUUACUCUCAUCUCAAUUUCAUGCUGCAAUUUGUGUCCUAAUUUUGUACUCGGUGUUUGCUUCGGGGUUAGGGUUUCGCCUGAUGGGUUGGUACUCGCGGGAACAAAUUUGGCGGUAGAUACAAGGGAAGAAGUUGGCUCCAUUGGAUAGAUGUGUUGGUGCUCAAAACCGGAGCAGAAUGGCUUUGGCGACACAUCAAAUGCGGGGUUCAUAUGUAGGAUUUCCCUCAAGGCCUUCAUCAUGGAGCAGAGGUGUCAAAUUAAAACAACAUGUCAUGUCACUGCACAUGGUUGGGAGAUUAGAUCGGCAUUUCUCAGCAAAUUGUUAUCUUCAUUCAAGCAGUUCUGUAAAAUCUUGGAACAUAUCAGUUGAGCAGAAUAGUUUUCACAGUGUAGGGACUGGUGAUCUUGGGCUCAAAGCAAAAAUUUUGCAAGUUUCCUCCUUUCAAGGUAGCGCAAAGAACAGUGAUGCAGGGGGGAGAUCAAGUGGGUCCAAGGGCUCAAAGAAUGAUAAUGGAGAGGGCCUCAGAGAGCUUCCUAAUGCUCAGAGUCUUCCGAUAUCAUAUACUUCUGAACCGAAUGAAGGAGUUGGAGGAUCUCCUGCUAUUCAUAAUUUAUUCAAGAAAUGGUUAAACAUGCUGCGGUCGCAUUCGUCAAGUCAGGUGGCUGAUGUUAUCUUAGAGGAACCAGCUCAAAGGGAAGAAGAAGUAGCUCAACAAACUCAAAGUAUUUCUCAGGAGACACAGAAACGUAGUUUCCUGUUCGAGAUAUUUCAUUACUUUUGGCAGCUGGAUGCAACAAUAAAGAUACCGAUACUGAUAUUUAUCCCUUUGUAUCUGGGCAUCAACACUAUUUAUGGAGUUGAAGUGUCAAAGGAAUUGACUCCUUUGUGGGUUUUGGGCCCUCUCGUUGCUGCCCUCUACGUCAAGCUGCUUCAGGGUAUCUGGGCACUUUACGUCUUCAGCUUUAGACAGACCGUCCACAUAGUGAAGAAUUUACCUACUUAUUAUCAAGUGGCCUGUAGCUACAUUGCAGGUGGGAAGCUCAAACAAGAAAUCGGGGCUCGUUUCAUACGACCAAUUGUGACAAUAAAAAAUGCGGACCAUAAAGAAAUGGUGAGGCAAAGGAUGAUGGUACUCAAGGAGUGGCUGACUGAGAAGUACCUUGACUUUGUGGAAUCCAUAUGGCCCUAUUACUGUAGAACAAUUAGGUUUUUGAAGAGGGCAAAUCUUAUAUGAUGUUGGUGUAGUUUCAAUGUUGUUGAAGGAUGAGAUUUCCGAAGUUGGAUUUCCGGCAGAACAUGUCGCAGUUGGAGGAGAAAGAGAGGCUUCCGAAUACAGGGAGGGGCUGGCGAAGAGUAAGCCUUUAGGUUGUUGGUUCAUCUAUCUAUCUUCGUUAAUCCCUUGUGUUGUAGCAUGUUCUUUUGAGGGUUCCAUGAGGGCAUGGAACAGUAGGUUUCGACGCCAUUUUGGCUUAUGGUCGAGUAGGCAUUAUUAUUCUUUCACCCCCACCUUGUUUCUAUCCAGUGGUGACAUGCUAGCAGCAGAGAAAUGUCUGUGUCACCUGUGCGAAAUCUGCUAUACUAUCAUCUCUAUGUUGUACUUUCACAGUCUGAGUUGCCCCAUCUGCAUAAAGAAUAUUUUUGGCCCUCCAUAUGGUUUCUGAGGACAUCUUGGAAGAGCGAAGGAUAUUGUUUACUAUCAUUCAGGCGGAUGUCUGUCUUCUUUCAUUUCUUUUGAAAUCGUGGAACUUCAGAGAGAUUUUGUUUGGUGGAACUUCCGUUGCUGUGGGAUGCAAAUAGGGUGUUAACUGGCUUGGUUUGGGUGGUCGAUGCAACGGCAGUUCAAUUUUGCCGUAAAAACCAAUGUGCCUUUGGUGAUCUGUUUCUUUCCUUUUUCACCCCUAUUUCCAGUUUAAGGCUUAACAAAAAGAUAUAAACAACGAAUCAUUUUGAUAGACUUGCUGGCACUGGAGCAAGAGGCAAAUGCUGCAUUUGAUGGGAAUGGAGAGUAAAAAUGGAG